AUGUCAGGUCGCAAAGAUGGGGGUGACUCCUCCAGCGACUCUGCGGCGGAAGACAGAAAGAGGUCAAGAGAAGAGCUCGUGGCCCUGAGGACGCAAGUUAGCUCGCUGACGGAUCAGAUGAGCCAGUUAAUGUCGCUAGUGGAAGAUACCAUGAAGGCAAGCAAGAAGGAGGAGCCAGCUGGCACCAUGGAGGGUGCCGCUGAUCGCGGCGAUGCUAGGGAGAGCGCCGCCGCGCAGUCCACGAACGCCGAAGGAGGGGCACCGUGGACCGGGAGUGCGCAGGACGGGAGGUACCUGCGCGAGUCUGUUCGAGAGUCUGGCUCGUCAGGGCGACACAGCGGCGAAGCAGGGGCUUUGUCCCCCAAGAGGUGAGAGUAGCCGCUGCUCACAACCAAGAUAAUAGUAGUGCCAUGGGAGAUGGUGGUGCUGCUGUUGGCUUUGGAUACGGAGUCACAACCCCAGUGACGGGGUACCAAAGUGUGCGGUACACUUCUCCUCCGUUCAGCGGGAAAUCGAAAGAUUCAACGGAUGACUGAAUGAUUUCCGCAUGGCAGCUAAUGGCGCACACCUGUUGGAACAAUUUGAAGAGAGCGGGAGCUUGGAGAUCCCCGUCAACAGCGGAAAGGCCAAGUUUUCGCUGUCACAGCAGUACCGGAGCGAGCAAGUAGAGCUCGCAUUCCACGCGUGGAACUUCCUGUGUCACGCGUUGAGAGAAAAGGGUCGGAAAACCAUGAAGAGGGCAGAGACGCCCCAGGGAGCUCUUCGUGAGCUCAAGACCAUACACGACCCUGAAUCAUCUGUACAGACGUCAGAGGACCUGA